AUGUGUUACUACGGCAGCUACUAUGGAGGCCUGGGCUAUGGCUAUGGCUGUGGCUAUGGCUGUGGCUGUGGCUAUGGUGGCUAUGGUGGCUAUGCUGGCUAUGGUUAUGGCUGCUGCCGCCCACUGUGCUGUAGAAGGUACUGGUCCUGUGGCUUCUACUGA